AUGUACUCCCGUUUUCUUAAGACGGGUCUGGGCGGAACUUUGUCUAAAACGCAGUGCUCAUUAUCAGAAGCCAUCUUCGUGAAAGGCCAAGGGAACGUCACAUGCGUAGAAGUUCGUCGUCCAAUUCGAUCGAUAAAAGCACCCGAACCACACAAACAGGCACAGUAUAUCACACAAGAUGACAUGCAAUUCGAGGAGUACCACACGGGCAUUGCCGUAGUUGAUCCUACUCGCUGGAAACUGGUAAUAGAUGGACUAGUAGAGAAACCUUUAGUGCUCUCCCCCGAAUCGUUUAUCGCCGCAGUUCACGAAUGCUACGUGAGUGCACUACAUCCAUCGAAGACAAACCUAUGGAAAGUCGGAAACGUGACUUGGACCGGGGUACGACUUCCUAUACUCCUGAAAUCGGCGAGGCCCUUACCUACUGCAUCUUCUAUCUGGUCUGAGGGAUCAGACCACGGAACAAUCGCAGGAAAAAAAAUUCACCCCCGUCCGGAACGCGGUGGUCCCGUUCGAUUGGUUGUUCCAGGCUGGUUCGGUACAUACUUGCCGAAACGGCUGCGUCGCAUUUUAAAUAUUGUCGCAACGAUAAUGUCGCCCAUUUGGGCUAUUAAGCCAAAUUCAAUGAUCGUCCACCCUGCACCUGGAGCAUGUCUGGAAGGCCUGGUUGUUAGCAUUCGUGGGUGGGCUUGGGGCACGGCUGAGAUAGUGACUGUGGAGAUUCAGUUGGAUGAGACCCCGGAUUGGGCUGUAGCCAAGGUGCAUCCUCAAGAAGGCUUUAGUUGGCAAGGUUUUACAGCUUCAGUCAAAUGUGCUCUGGAUACGUCGUGUUUCAGCCCGAGCGACAUUAAUAGCAGGCGAACAACAACCUCUUGA